AUGCCUUCAGUUUUCAUUUUAACGGCAGGCCGGUGUGAAAACUGUUUAAGUUCCACGAAACGAAAUUUAUCUGAAAUUGCAACACCUAGCCCAGAAGAUACACCAGAUAUUACUAAUUUCUCAGAACCAAAAUCUUCCUUUCCAACACCUGUUCCAAAAGUUCCAAAGAAAAAGUUGAAAUCGAAAGAUAAACUCUCAUUCGAAUUUCGAGAAUUGCCCCAAAAGAUAACCAAUUUCAUUGACAAUUACAAUCCCAAGUUCUCACUCGAUAGUCAACAAUUCACUGAUCUGUUAGAGAACACUCACGGUAGUAAUGAUGCAUUAAGCAUUGCUAAAGACUAUACCCUACAUAUUCCAUCUCUUAUAGAAAUGAUAAACGAAAUACAUACCCAGGCUGAAGAUCGAAAUAUGAAAAUUAAAUGUACUAGACUAAGCAAAAAAAUAACUAAACAACUGCUCGAAUACGUUGGUUGA